AUGUCUCAGUUCUCUCGAGUACCGAUCCAUCAACACCAUCUGGCAAAUUCUACAGGUGUGAAACCAGGAUAUCAAGGAAUAAAUGGCCAGAUCUCCCAGAUUCCAGGACUGUCCCCCACCAUCAGCACUCUUCCUGAAGAGAGGGCCCGAGGGCGGAGGGCAGGAGUCCUAGCAAGUGAUUCUGACUAUAUCAAGCUUGCAAAACAAGGAGGGCACAAGGGACUUUUAUGGCACGAGGAAUCAAUUACUUCUAAACUUGGUCUAUACAAACCUCCAGACUGGUUCUGCGCCACAUCAGAAGACAACGGGAAACCAAGUCUAAUUAACAAUGAAGAGAUGAAAAACCCUGGAGCCUUUCAAGCAGCAGAGGCCCCCUUUGGGACUGACAACAUGUCAGCCUGGGGGAGGGAUGAUAGCGACAGCAAUGGCAAAGAGAAGAACAACAACGUUCAUUACGGCCAAGGGGACACUCAAUGGCAGUCAUCCAAUCAAUAUCAUGGGAACAGCAAAUUCAAGAGGAUAAUGUUUGACAAGAAUCCAGCUCCUGUCGACAUGUCUAAGCUGUUGAGCUUUGGUUAUGUUGAAGACGACACAGCCACCAUUGAUUUGUCCAAUUGAAGACUGCCAGUGCCGUGGGAAAAAGACUACAAACUCCAAUGCUUCCAACAGGAAUAGUUGCCAUCCCUCCUCCAUUUAUUAAUUUCAACUAACUAAUUAACUUAAUUUUAUCAUGAGCCACAUUAAAUGUUUUACUUAGUUUAGAAUGAUGUGUCAUGUCAGAUGUAUUACUCAAGUGUGAAAUUGUUUCAUUGAAUUAAAGCUAGAGGACCUUUUAUUUAUUGUGCGUGUUAGUGGUGCGCCAUUAACUGCAUUCCUUAAGUAAA